UCUCCCCUUUCCAUAGUGGUCAUAAUAGUUUUUAGGUCAAACCGUUCGAACAAUACAGAUGUUUUCGCGAGAAGACCGAUUAUCGGGAUGCGUCAAUCGACUAAAGGAUUUCUUAAACGAAGCAGGGAGGGACCUACCUUUUGCAACUGUUUUGGACUAAUUACACCCUGAACACAGACUAAAUGAGUCAGCCGAACUUCCCCCCCCAGGCGAGGAAACGGAAUCCAUGGACCAGGAAGGAAGGACACUAAAACGUUGUUUAGCUUGCUUCACCGACGUAACAAACACAAAUCUCACAUUUUUGGUGAAUUGUGCUAGUUUGAUUAACAUGUAGUCGAUGGAAGUUAUUUCAACCUAGCAUGCGUUUUUAGCUAGCCGGUUAACUUACUAGCGAACUAAUACAUCAUUGACACAUCACAAGCUAGCUAGGCUAACGCGUUAGUCAGAUUUGAAAAGCUGGAAAGUCAACAUCGUACGGGGGAUUUUGCGGUAUUUACUAAUUUGGCUCGCUCAGAGAUCAUGUUAAGUAUUUGUUUGUGUUAAUAACCAGAUUAAGUAACUAGCUAGUUAACUGUAGUAGCUAGUUACAGUAGUUAACUAACUUAAAAAAAAAAAACCUCGAUAGGCUGUUUGGUAGCGGCUAACACUAGCUAAUUAGCUAGCCUAGCUACGUGUUCCAUGCCAUGGCAAUGGUUUUGUUUGUUUGGAAACUUUCGUCUGGUUUCUUACUGUUGGUUGUGACAGUGCCAACGAAAUAACGUUAACUUUGGUUAUUGUUGAGCUAUCAUGGCUAAAAUAGAGAAUGGUCUCAAGUCGGCCGACUCAAGAAGUAUCAGGACAAUUAGCAGCAGUCAUAUGGACGACGAGAGCUCCCUUGGCUCAGACUCCGAGAUCAACGGCUUCACCAAUGACAGGCAUACGGAUAAAUAUGGAUUUAUUGGAGGGGCGCAACAGUAUUCAGAAGAAUCGGCUCAGGACGUCCCUCCAGAGGUUUUGAGACAGCGAGAGGUCAAGUGGCUGGACAUGCUCAGCAACUGGGACAAAUGGAUGGUCAAGAGACACAAAAAGGUGAGACUGCGGUGUCAGAAAGGGAUUCCUCCCUCACUGCGAGGCCGUGCUUGGCUUUACCUGUCAGGGGGAAAAGUGAAGAGGGAACAGAACCGAGGGAAGUUCGAGGAGCUGGACAGUCAGGCUGGAGACCCGAAGGAGCUGGAUGUGAUUGAGAAAGACCUGCACAGACAGUUCCCCUUCCAUGAGAUGUUUGUGUCACGGGGGGGCCACGGGCAACAGGACCUGUUCCGUGUUCUGAAGGCCUACACACUAUACAGGCCAGAGGAGGGCUACUGUCAAGCCCAGGCCCCCAUUGCUGCUGUGCUGCUCAUGCACAUGCCUGCUGAGGAUGCGUUCUGGGGGCUGGUCCAAAUUUGUGAGAAGUACCUUCCUGGAUACUACAGUGCUGGGCUGGAGGCCAUUCAGUUAGAUGGAGAAAUCCUGUAUGCCUUGACUCGGCGCGUCUCCCCUUUAGUCUACCGCCACCUGGAGAAACACAAGAUGGAGCCCAUCCUCUACAUGACAGAGUGGUUCAUGUGUGCCUUCUCCCGCACCCUGCCCUGGGCCUCUGUGCUCCGCGUCUGGGACAUGUUCCUCUGUGACGGUGUGAAGAUCAUCUUCCGGGUGGGCCUGGUGCUGCUGAAAUGCAUGCUGGGUACCCGUGAGAAGCUGAAGGCGUGUCAGGGCCAGUAUGAGACCAUGGAGCUGCUGAGGACCAUAGAGCCACGCUACAUGCAGGAGGGCUUCCUAGUCAGGGAGGUUCUGGAGGUUCCUGUGUCAGAGCGGGACAUUGAAAGGGAGCACCAUGUUCAGCUGAAGCGCUGGAGGAAGAACCGUGGUGAGCUUCACUGCAAAUCCCCUCCCAGAAUGCACGGUGCUAGGGCUAUUAUGGCCUCGGAACCUCCCAGUCGCCAGGACCUGCGUCAGAACCCCACCAUCAUCGUAGAGUCGCCCCUGCCUCCCCCUCAGCCUACACCUCAGCUGAAGAAGAGCAAGGAGGAGAAGAGCAAGAAGAAAGGAAGUAUGAAGAAAGCCCCUCCUGUCAUGGAGAUCCCCAACCCUUAUCCUUUAGCCGGUGACCCCCAGCUUCCACUGAGAGACCCCCAGCUUCCACUGAGAGACCCCCAGCUUCCACUGAGAGAUCCUAUGCCUACUCUCAGAGACUCAACAGUACAGCAGUCCCUCUUCAAUGACACACCCCUCCCAAACACACCCGAAGGCUCUCCACCGCCACACCAACCACCGCUUAGCGACCAACCACCGCUUAGCGACCAACCACCGCAUAGCGACCAACCACCGCAUAGCGACCAACCACCGCUUAGCGACCAACCACCGCUUAGCGACCAACCACCGCUUAGCGACCAACCACCGCUUAACGGCCAGUCUCUUCUAACAGUGUCGCCCCUCCAGAAGUCCACACAGAGUCUGAGUAGCAUAGAGGCAGAUCAGGACACAUACCUGUAGCUCUUGCUUUGGGCAGAGGGUGGAACUGCAUGUCAAACUGGGCAUGAUGGGAACAAGGUGGAGGAGUGAAUAGUGAAAGAGGAACUGGAACAAUCCCUGUGUUAUCCUGGACCUGACUCACUUCCAUAGUGAGAGUCUAAAUCUGAUGUCACCCAGACACAAAAAGCCUUGCUCUGCCCCAGGCCAGGCAUAUGUGCCCCCUGACCUCUGUGGGAGAUUCCAGGAUGGCUCUACGGAGGAUGUUCUAGUUGUCAUUGGGACGAUCUCAAUGGCAUACUACUUGCAUAGUAUGCCAGAGGUCUCUCCCCUGACUUUCUCCUCCAGUGGGUUUUGAGAAGGAGAUGAGGAGCGAGGGCACGAGGAGUAUGCUAUUGAGAUCUUCCCAUUCACUCACUCACUUUAGGCCCUCUGCAUGCCAACCAAGCCCUCUGUCUGUUUACCAGGCACUAGCACAGCUCCGCCAUCAACCUGUAACUGGGUGUAUCAUGGCCAAUGGCACUGCUGCCCAACUAUGAGCGACAAUUGUAUAUUUUUCUAUAGAUUUCUUCCCCCGUGCUUGCUUUUAAGACACCGUAUUGCCUAGACCACAGUCAGCAGCAUUCACUAAUGCAUCACUUCUAAGUGUUCUACUACUUUAAUCCAUAUGUUACUUCAUUAUUCUUUACUCUAUUAGUGAUGUGAAAGGGAGACAUGUUACUCAUUUACUGGUAGUGUAGUUAUUGUAUACAUGAUGCAUUCUUUUUUAAACAUGUCAAAGACCAGCCAAUAGUGUAUCAGGUUCUAGGGUUUUACUCAACCUGCCUUCCUUUGGGCAAAAUGCAAGUUUUUUUUUUCUUCUUCAAUAUUCAUUCAAAUCUCCAAAUCACCUGUUGUGUGUGUAGGAAAUAGGAAUGCUUAAGAAAGAGAGAUAAAUAUUGUUUAAUGUCCCAGUUAGCCUUGGUGAUAAUCAAAGAGCCCUUCCAUUCUUCACCACCAGAGAGCAGCCUUGGUAUGUGCUUCCAUCUGUUACAUUCCCCUUCCUAAAAAGGAAAGCACAACAAUCUUGUCUCGAAUGUACAAUCUGAGGACAUCCAUUCCCUAUCAAUUCCGUACUUUCCAUACUUUCAAAGGAACUUCGUUAGCAUGCAAGCAUGUUUUACUUUCCAGUGAAACCUGACAUGACGUGUGCCUUGUACGUGUGCAUAAAUCCUCCGGACCAGCAUUACUUGUGACUGUUUAUUCUCCUAGCCAGGUGGUAAUGGGCCUGAUGUCCUGAGACAAGACAAAUCCUCACUGUGCCAGGCUGUUCCAGUCCCUAUGUAGCGUUUAACUCAUGUAAGAUAUGUAAAAGGGAGAGGGGACUGGACAUUCCUCACAAUAUCGCACAUUCCUGCCUUUGGGUUCCUUAAAAGCCAAUUAGUCUUGUGGCUAACAUGCAUAGUCUUCUCUGUAUCGUGUAUGUAUUAAUGCAUGUUCCUAUUUUUAACACUUUUGGGGGGGUGCUGUGUGUGCCAUGCCAGUUAGCUGUGAAGUGUUGACCUCUGGUCCUUGCCACAGGUGUGCUAGGUGUUAUGGACCUGGCAGGCUAGUUACUGUAUCUCUGUGGUAUUGGAAAGACAUGAAUGACCUCAUUGCUACACUGAGUGACCGAUCCAGACGGCGCAAAGAUGGUGAUGAAAUCAAAGAUGUGAUUAGAAUCGUCAGUGAUCUACUUCCUUUUACUCAAUGCUUAGUUGUCUCAACGCAAUCGUUGCAGACGGGCAAAGAGGGUUUCUGUACAUGGUGAUUGAGACCUUACUUUUGGGACAUUUUUGGAAUCUUCAUGUUUUGGGAUAACAUGGGAGCCUUUCCAUUUUUAAGUCAAUGUAAUUCAUUUGGGAACGUUGUGAGGCCUGUUAUGAUCCUGCCUUUGCUUUGGGGAAGAAAAAAAACUAAUUGGACAGUGACCAUAACCUUUUUGGGGAAUUCAGUUUAGAGGGAGCUUAAGGUUUGCAAUCAAAGGUGUCAAAAGUUAAAAUAUUCUGUUUACAGCACUAUGGGAAGUUAUUCAUUAGGGAUUAAGAUGUGCAUGACUCAAUGCACAUCAAGUAUUAUGACACAUCAUUCCACUGAAUCCUGCAAGUUUCUUAUACAAGUCACCUCUAAGACCUCACUAAAAAGCAAUACCAGUUGAACGAGGGCAAGUAAAAAAGCUACAAACAAAGCCUUUCUCCACCUAAGUGCAUAGCGGCCUGUAUCACAUACUUCCCAUUUUGCAAGUAUUCUAGUUGAACUUGAUGCUUAAAAUGUGUAGAUAAGACUAAUUUGUAAAAUAACGUUAUUUUGAAAUGAACAUUUAUUUUUUUCAAUUGUUUCCAUGCUACAUAUUUUAUUUAACAAACAAUAAUCAAAAUCCACCAUUUGCCAUAUCAUGGUAGACUUAUCUAUUUUAGCUAGACAAUUUUGACACUAGUUUCACAGUUUGAAAAGCAAACACAAAAAGCAAUGCUUUCUUCCUUAGAAAUAUCUUCUCAGCAAGAAUGCUGGUUUUAAUUGUGUUCUUCUGAAGAGACCUCUGGUAUUAAUGUCAACCAUCCGUAAAUAUAUCAUAUUCUGUAUUUCUCCUAGAAGUGGUUACAUAUUGUUGUUUUUACAAAUAAAAUCAUUUUGAUCUUCAA